UGUUGGAUUGCUCUUGAAGGUUUUCUUCAGAACAUGAGGGAAUAGCGUGCUAGUUUUGCUAUAACAUGGAGAACCUCAUAUCCAUCGCCCUCGCGCUCCUCGCCACCUUCAUCACGUACACUUUCCUCCGCGAUCCCUUAGCCGGCAUUCCUGGACCGUUCUGGGCACGUUUGUCGCGAUUAUGGAUGGUACAUCAUAGCCGCGCCGGCGAUAUGCACACCACCAUGAUCGAUUUGCACGCCAAACAUGGCCACCUCGUCCGAACCGCCCCUAACGAAGUCUCCAUCUCCGACCCCUCCUCAAUCAAAGUCAUUUACGGCGCCGGCACCAAGUUCCGGAAAAGCGAUUGGUACUCCGUGUGGCAGGGCCAUCGGAAGUUCGAUUUGUUUGGAGGCAGGGAUGAGAAAAUCCACGGACAACAUCGCAGGCUUAUUAGUAACAUAUACAGCAUGGACCAGCUGAAAAAGUUGGAGCCAUAUGUUGACAUGACAAUCACUCUGUUCCUUGAUCGGCUUCGCGAAGUCACCAAAUCUCAACCAAUCGAUAUGAGCAAGUGGGCGCAGAUGUUCGCUUUCGAUGUCAUCGGCGAAGUCACAUUCUCCCGCCGCUUCGGUUUCCUCUCCGCGGGCCAGGAUGACGGUUCCUUCGCCGCCAUCGAUUCUGCUCUCUUCUCAGCAUCCUGGAUUGGUCAAGUACCCUGGCUGUACUGGCUUCACGAUUUCUUCAUGCCGCUUAUUGGAAACUGGCUGGGCGUCAAUAAUCGCAACGGAACCUUGCGGCAUUUCGCUGCUAGGGAAUGUGACGCUAGGACGGGAAGGGGAAGUGAUAGGAAGGAUAUAUUGUCGAGCUUGAUGCAAGUCCGAGAGACUAAGGGGCAAGAUUUUGAUGAUACCAGUGUGUUGAGUAUGGCGUCCUCCAAUAUCUUCGCCGGAAGCGACACUACUGGAAUCUCGAUCGGGGCCGUUUUAUACAAUCUCUGCAAAUAUCCGCGGUGUAAAAAGAUGUUGAUGCAAGAGAUCGAAGCGACCGUCAAGCGUGAGGGACUAGAUGAGGCGAAGAAUAUGCCAUUCAACACCGGUUUUGCGAUGCCAUACCUACAGGCAUGCAUAUACGAGGCGCUGAGGAUUCAUCCGGCUGUUGGGAUGAGCUUGCCGAGGGUGGUGCCGCCAGAGGGGUUUGAGGUGGAAGGGCGAUUCUUGCCGGGCGGUACGAUUAUUGGAGCGAAUCCUUGGGUUAUCCAUAGACAGAAGGAGAUCUUUGGGAACGACUGCGAGACCUUCCGUCCGGAAAGGUGGUUGGAUGGUGAUCGAGGGCAACUAGACCGCUUCUUCUUUGCUUUUGGAGCUGGUGCGCGAAUGUGCCUGGGAAGAAAUCUGAGCUGGAUAGAAAUAACAAAGCUGGUACCAUCGCUGUUCAUGCGUUUCGACAUCGAGCUCGCCGAUCCGGAGAAUGAGCCUGAGCAGCAUUGCUGGUGGUUCGUGAAGCAAGAAGGGCUACACAUGAAGUUUAUACCUAGAAAUUAG